CAGGACAUUGAUUGGUUGCAGAAAAACCACUGUUUCGAUUGCACCUACACCUCCAGCCAGGUACCUAUCAGUUCAAGUAAUCGCGCGAACGAUCCGAUGCAAACAGACAGCUCAGCGCCAUCCAAACAGGAGAGCAGCAGGCAAGGAUUAGACGCGCGUGGGGAUGAAGAACAGUAUCGCGACACUCUCGUGAGUCGAAGUGCUGGCGAGGAUGAACGAGAUGAUGUUCUGAGUGCUGCGUAUGUUUUGGGCGCGAUAUCGUCUCAGAAGUCAUCCCCAAAGGAGCCGCUUACAGGAACUCAACCAGUAAGCGGAGGGGAUAUGUAUCGAGACAAACAGGGCAGCGAUAUGGCUAUAGAUGGCGAGCAAGCGUCUAGCAUGGACACCGACACACAGCCGUGUACGUGGGAGGGCUGUGGACAUAUCAGCCAAACACUGGAGGACAUGUUAACCCACAUGCGCACACACACCAUGUCGAGCCUACCUCCGAGGCGCACCCGUACCAAGCGAGAAGUCGGGACUGGGAGAUACUUGUCGGGCAUAGCCCCACAACCGGCCAAGGCUGGCAAGAGCGGACUGUUUCCGAGUGUUAACGUUAAGGAGCAUCAUUUGGAGAGGUCGGUAUCGCAACCACCGCCGCUCUUAGGCGACCGUUUCGUGAAUCGCACAAAGAGUGCGAAGACUGAGCGUGCAGUGAGCAUGCACAUGGACUCGCACGCACUGGCAAGUCCCAAUGCAGAUCCAAAGGCCGGACCAGGUUCUGGUACCGGUAUAUCGGGGUCAGCUGAUGACAAGUGCCCGCGGAGUGAAGGGGAGAAUUAUCAUCCUAGCCACCGCAGCAAGGGCGAUAAUAGUAUAGAGAUAGACAAGUUACGGGCACACAUGGCGGAAGUGAACGCGCAGGAACCGGGCCAGGAUUUAUUUGCGACUUCGAGCGGCGGUUCGUCUAUUGUUGGGCAUUUGAGAACACCCGAAGUAUCAGGCAUAGAUAGGCGAUCGUUUGCCGCCCCUGACCCAAACCAUCCGCAAAAUCGGGGUUUUGUGAUGGAUGGUAGUUCGGCGAAUAAUCGAGCGACGACGGAGUCAGGGGGACCGGCUUCCAGAGCUUCAAGUCUGAGAGAGCAAGGCAGUGAGAACGGUUCGCGGUAUGAGGCAGACGAAUCUGUGCGCAGGUACCGAACUUUUCCCCUAGAGUCUCCACGAACGGUGGCGAUGAGGGGCGUGCCAUCAGCAGAAGAUAGAGAUAAGUGCCAGGAACACGACACAGGGGCCAGAGAUGUCAUGAGGGAAAGCGGGAGUGGUGCUGGGAAGUUGCACAGCUGUGACUGGGACGGGUGCACGUAUACGGGCACGUUGGAGGGGCUCCUAAAACAUAUGCGAGAGCACACGCUGUCGGUGCUGUACCCCAUCGCGGAUAUGAAGGGCGAUACAGGCAACCAGGGGUAUGCACGGGAGAGACAGGAAAAGCCUGUAGACGGUAUAAGAUCACGUGGACACUCGAGCUCGCCGCCAAGGUACUCGAUUCCUGGCCGUAACGCAGCCAGCGCUCAGAAGUCGGCGGUGAAGCUCAACGGGGCUAUGCCCAGAACCAGACGCGGUACGCAAUCAAGACUUAGUCAACAGCGCAGCAUAGACGCAGUUGCGCGCUCGGACAGGGAGACAGAGGCCCUCAGGGAGCGAGCGUACAGGAUCGAGAGAGAUAAGCUGCCGAGGGGCGAGGCUCCGGUGUCCGAGGACCAGUACGCAGGGAACUCGCAGAUGUACGACCGAAUCAAGUAUAUGGAGGAUGACAUGACGGACGAACGGGAUCGCGACUUCAAGGAAACACGCGCGUAUACUAACGAUGUGCUGGACAAGCGAUCGCGGCCGAGCCGGAGGUAUGACUACAAGUACGAUGACGAGUACAGCGACAGAGGUGUCAGCGCAGAACGAGGGGGAGAGGGAGAGAGGGUCGGCAUGGGGGAUAGGCUGGACGGGGACACCGAGGGUAUGGCACGGUCAGUCUCAGGGGUGGAUGACGAGGGUCCGCUCACCACUCAUAAGGUGCCCUCAACACAUAGCCUACCACCCGCUGCCUCGGCCGAAGAUAUCGCCGCACAGGAGCACGCGGAGUCCCAGAUACAGGGGCGGGUUACGUUCUCGAAUACCAUGCCUCUAAACCGACCCCACUCAGCCUCACUAGAGCGCGAGAAAGUCAGCGCCACGCGAUCUCUGCAGCAAGGAGAUAUGCGCUACAUGGGAGAGGAGGAUAGUGGCUCGGACAGGUACCCGAGACACUCGUUUGGGCAAGACAGCCGCUAUCGCGCGCGUGAGCGUGAGCCCGAGAGCACGAGCAAGUACCGCAGAACGUUUAGGGACGACCCCAAGGGCGCGGAACUGGGCACCCACGAGGACGUGCACAUGGCACGGCGCCAGUCGACCAGCUCUAGCACAGAUAACUACGACAGACAUAGUGCGGCCGAGAGAAGUCGAUGGGAAUAUUCUGACCUUGAACGUAUCUCUUCAGCUCACGGAUCGGGCCGGGGAGGUGGACCAAAUAGUGCACUCACACCACCUGUUGGGGGCAUCAAGAGCCGAAGUCGCAGCCCAAGGCCACACCCUUACGCACAAACUAACACUGAUGGUAGUGCUGGCUUGGGAGGCGACACCAAUGGACGUAAAUACAUGGAGACCGCCUACGAUCAGAGGAAGUCGUAUUCGAGCCCACGGUAUAUGGAUACGGAUGCGCGAACUAGCAGAGAGGGCGCUGAUGAGCACGACGAAGAGCAUGCCUGUGAUUGGGACGGGUGCCAGUGGACUGGUUCUCUCGAGGGUCUCCUGGCACACAUGCGCGGCCACACACUGAGUAAUCUGGCGGUACCCCCUAGUGGGACUCGCAGUCGGAAUGGGUCAACCAGCGGGGCGAAGAACGGGGCGAAGAACGGUACAAAUCCCGGGAGGACUAGUGAUGUGGAGAGAUCCAAUGACUCGCCGAUGACCUCACCUCAUCUCGAUAGGCGGCGCAAUCCUGACGAGAACGCGUCAACUUCCUACUAUGCAUACAACCGUGAACCACUGCCUCCGGAUAGUAUGUCAGCAUACAAUGACACGGCAAGCGUAAGGCCACAGGAUACAGCACCACAUGCAGCUCAGGGGUCUGGCGGAACGGAUGUACAGAUCCGAUUGCCCGGUUCCCCGAUGUCCAUGAGCAUGCCGCGGUCGUCUAAUACGAGCCCACAGAAGUUGGCUCUUUUGCAACCGGAGUUGCGACAACCGAGCUCACCCGCUCUUGUGCAUCCAGAUGCCGAUACGACCAGGCCACGGGGUGAUAUGACCGCCAAUGGGAAUGCGGCCGGCAAGGACUCUCACAAGAUAGCACUCCGACUGUCUGCAGAUAAGUAUACCACUACCCCCGCAUCCCGGAACGGACCAGAAUACAUGCCAGAAGCGUGUAGUUCUACCCCACGUUUGGGGUCCGAGGACACGCGUAUGGCACCAUUACCCUCCUAUCCAAGCAUCAGUGUAGACGGGCGUCAACACAGUCCGGACGAUACCGGCACGGACAUCGCUCGCCACAGGAGCGCCGGGAGCUCGCGCAAAUCUAUGGGCAUGGCCUCUCCCACAACCAACGGCCGGCUGUCUGUGGGCGGCGAUCGAGUGGUCGAAUCACGCCAAAGCUACUCCAGUGCGUCCCACCGGGCCGCUGGGGCAACUCCGGAUCUGGAUUUUCAGGAGACGGCAUGCGACUGGGAUGGUUGCACUUACGUCGGGGUGGAUAUCAUCAAUCACAUGCGUAUGCACGCGCUCGCAGGUGUGCCAGUGCACGGGCGGGGUCGUGGUGGGUCUCGGGGCUCGAAGAACAGCAGCGCCAGCUAUGCUAUGAGAGUUUCUAAUGGGAAUAGUAGUGGAGUAUCUGGGUAUGAGCGCGAUUUGCCGUCGGUAGAUAACCGGGAGGCUGCCACGAGAGGCGAGUCCAGCCCCCGUCAGCGCGUGAAGCGCUCACGCUCGCAGGAGGUGAGAUCAUCGCCAUAUCCUGUGUCCACCGGAAAGAUGAAUGCUUUGGCCAAUCCUGACUCCAAUUUGAGCAGUGAUAGAGAUAGAGGAUUGGCUACGGACGGAAGAAGAGAAGACAGAGAGGGUUCGUUCGGGAGAGGUGGGCCUGCAAGAUCGCCUAUCUCUAAGCCCAGGGGCUAUCAGGGGAGUGGCGAUGGAGAGCGGAUGCAGUACGAGCUCGAGCCUGUGAAUGGAACGGAUAAAAGUGGCGAUGUUGCCAGGAAUCGUGCCAGGCUGGAAGACACGCACCUGCAUUCAAAUGCGAGGCGUAUGCAGACAUACACACCAGGACACUCCCAAUCUCGUUCACUAGUUACCGUCCCGGCACACCGUAGCGAGAGUAUGGGUAUGUAUGAAAGGGAGGAUAUCAGGCAUAUCCGUGAUGGUGGUUCAAGGCCCGCAUCCAUGGAAUUGGAACGAGGCUUCGAUAGACACGAUAGUAGUGGAAUUAGUGGUCCCCCGCCCAACAGAGCGAGCUACAGGUCUUACUCUACUACCCCAGGUCCCUACACGUCUGGGCUGACUCAUGAGCAAGCUCCUGCUGAGUAUUACAGCAGUCGAGAGGGUGGCAGAUACAGAGAUGAUAAUAGGUAUGUGAACGAGGAGAAUGGAUACGGCAACCGUUUUGGUGAGACCGUUCGUGAGCAGUAUCCUACUAGAAUCUGGAGGGACCAGGAAUACAAUGGCGGUGCGCGAUCGCCCGGGGCCGUUGAUGCGAAUCGUGAGCGUGAAUACGCACAUGAGGAAUUAGCACACGCGUCAUCACGUAUCAAUGUUAGAAAUGAUGGAUCGGAGAGACAUGGGGGUGGGUUUGUUGAUGGACCGUCGACGCAUUCGUAUCAGUACUCUCCCAGGUCGGAGCGCAAGCCUUAUGUACGUCAGGGAUACGAUGUCCGCAUUCCGCAGGGGUUUGAGCGUGAUGUAAGUACCAAAGCAUAUCAGGAACAACAUGACAGAGAAUCAUUCGAUCAUCGAGAGAGAAAUACAGACAGAGACGACGCCUUACAUCGGCGACAACCCUCUGAUAGUCAAGCGCAUUCCACAAUGAGAGGAACUCCCCAGGAUGGAGCAGGAAAUGACGACAACGUCAGGAAUGGUGCACGAGAUUCUACUGCGCGUGACGGUGAUGUAGAUAUCGAGACGUGUGAUUGGGAUGGAUGUGGUUUUAGGGGGACGAUAGAAGAUUUAAUCGGACACAUGCGCUCACAUACACUGUCUAGUCUGCCACCACGCAGGAGCAAAGCGCCACCCAAUCCUGCGCUAGCACCAUAUCGAACGGCUAGGGCGGAGACAAAAGUCAGCGAGAAAGGGAAUACGAGCGAAAAGGAAAUCACAUCGAGCCAGAUCCCAGUACCACGGGUAGACGUGACUGAUAAGUAGGGCGUGCGGCGCUAUGCGACGUCAUGUAUGGACAGAUUGAACGAGAUACACAGACGGAUGAAAUGUAAAUAUAGAAAUAAUCACUGAGAUACACAUCGGUGUCAGAUCGGCCUAACGAUUAAGCGGUGUCGAAACGAUAUCUUUUCCAUACGCUUUAUGCGCUCAAGCGAUUCAUGCAGAGUUCACACUCGUUGAGUUCGCGAGAGAGAUGGGAUGUGCUCUGUGAUAAUUAAAUAUCGGUAUCUGG